UCAUAUGGAAGACUUUAGCAAUUCAAAGGCCUCACAGUAAUGAAAUUACUAGCUCGUAUUAAAAUAUGGCAUAUUCAGAACACACAACAAACAUACCUGACGGUACAGAAUUUUGAUUUUCUAACCUAAUGUGGUCUCCAUUUCUUAUAGGAUCAUCGCCCAAAUCAAGACGAAAAGGAACAUUUGGUUCAGCGUUUGCAUUUCCAUUUUCAUUUUGAGCAGUGCUUUGCGAGUUCGACGAAAAUUCAUCAUCAGCCAUUCUAAACAAUUUGCAAAAGAACAUUCACAGAUUGAAAACCACAAAUAAAAACACUGAAAAUAAAUGGAAUGGAAGGAUUUAUGAUAAACAGAAGCAAAGCACAAAGCGGGGAACGAUUCACUGACAUUUCAGGAACGGGAACGUCUAGAGAUGGCACACUAGUAAAUAGCGUAGGUACGCCUUUGAAAAAAGAGAAUCAUAGCUAGAAAUGCAGAAUAUUGCAACACCAAGACCAAAAAAGACUGUGAAAUAUCCAACUUGGCAACGCUGCAGGUCAAAUAAACAUACUCAAAAUUGGAGGUUAUUUAUUAUGACAGCUGGCAAAAGUGACAAGUAAUGAUAAUUCAUAACAAAUAAUUGCUAAUAUCAACGUGAAUAAGUAAAAACCAGGAUGUCAAGUACAAAAUCUAAUUCAGCUUUAUUAGCAAAUAUUAAUACAAAAAAUAAUAAUUCAAUUAAUGGUAUAUUAGAAGAUAUAUUUGGAUUUACAAUAGAUCCUUCCCACGGAGAUAGUAAAGGCCUUUUGUAUCUGGAGGAAGUAAGAAAUGUACACGAUAAGAAAGAACUUGACUUAGAUUUAUUACAAUAUGCUCUGUUUGAAAGAUUAUUUAUGUGCAAUGAAGAAAUCACUCAAAAAGGAGGUGUUGAAGACUCCCAUGUUUGGGGUUCAAAAGUCAUCGAGUAUCUGUAUACUAGCCUCAAAAACCUUGACCGAUAUUCAGCAAAAUUGAAACCUGAAGAGCAAAAAACGAUUAGGGAUAAAAUCAUUCAGAAUGUUGCUACUCCAAUCAUGCAGUCAGAUAUAUAUGCUGGUCAAGACAUAGCGGCUGAUAUCUUGAAAAUUUUGAAAGAUGGAGAACCAGAGGCUGCAGGAUUUUUCAUAGAUGCAUGUAAAAAAGUACUCGAAGAAGAACACAACAAUGACGAAUCCUUGAGGAAGUUCAUAGACUCAAUGAACACAAAAGUUGUGGCUGAACUCAGAUCAUCAUUUCUAACUGGCUUUCCAAUAUCAGUAUUUAAUUAUCUAAAUGUGAUUGCAUCUAAUGCAAUUCUAGCAGAGAUAUUUCUUGAUUGUUGCAUUCCAAAAAACAAAGAAACUGGUUCAGAAUAUGCAGCCACUGUGAUUGGUGCUCUACUGAACUUGUCAGCAUUACCAAAGUCACCAAGAGGAAAAUAUGAACACUUCACUAACCCUAUGGACCCAGUAAGUAUAUACUACAAACUAGCUGUAAAGUUUACUUCAUGAAUGUGUCAUAUAGACUACUUUAUGGUCUAUGGCCC